GCUUCCUGACAGCGUGAUGGAAAUAGUUAGGUGUCCGCAGCACGGGACCGUCUGCUUCUUAAAGACCGGCCUCCGCGAUGGCCCGAACAAGGGAAAGAGCUUCUACGUGUGUCGGGCGAACACGUGCGGCUUCGUGCGCGCCACCGACAUUCCUAUUUCUCAUUGUUUAUUACAUGAGGAUUUUGUGGUAGAGUGUCAGGGUUUGCUUCUACCACAAGGCAAGAAAGAAUGGAGGUUGUUUUUCCGAUGUGCUAGAAGUAAGGCAGAGGGGAAACACUGGUGUGGAAACAUUCCAUGGCAGGAUCCUAACUCUAAAGAACAUUCUAUAGCCAGUAAGUCCCAGCAUGCAUCUGAACCAUUUCCUCGUCCUUCCAGCCAGCCAAAAAAUCCUUUCAAGGUGCUUAACAAGAAUCAAAAACCAGCUCUCUGGAAACAGUUUGUCAAAGGAGAAGAUGAGGGAAAGACUGUUGAUAAGAAGUCAAGGGAAAACAGAGACCAGUUGUUGGAUCAAAAGAAAGAACAGAAGCCAGACUCUAAUUACUGGACGGAGAAAGAACUCUCUUCUGACCCGGUAAAGAGACAAUCUGGAGUUGAAGAGAGGCAGCAAGAUGAGAAAACAGAGCUCCAGUGCAAAGCAAAGGACACUGCAGGAAUUGCAUCCAAACAGGACCGUGAGACUACACUGAGAGGAGCUUCUGUGUCUCCUCAGAUGUCAGGCGAUGGGAGUCUGGAUGUCCGAAAUGAGUCAGAACAUUUUAGAGAACAGGAAACCCAGCUUUUGCCUCAGAAUAUUCCCAGUCAGAACCCAUUAAGCCAGACUCAGAAAGGAAGACACCUCAGCAAGAAGCACCUCAAGAACUGGGAGACCAAAGAAACAAAGGCAACAGAUGCUCCAAGUGUACAGGCCUCCCAGAAAAGGCUGCCUCAGGGGCAUUUCCAAGCACCUUCUGAGACUGGUGGGCCUGCUCCCAGAGGACUGGUAGCAUCUAGGCUUUGCUUGGGAGAGGAACACCGUGCUCCCUCCAGCAGUGAUGACAGUGGGGAAGAGGAUGAUGUUUCCAGUGAGCCAGGGACCCCCCUUCUCUUUGACUUAAGUAUGGAUUCACAGAAGACAGCAAACCUUCAAAUUCCUGAUCAAAGCAUACAAAAACAAAUACCUGUUGCUUCAGGUGUUUCCAAGAAGGAAUCAUCUGACCCAGCAGCCCAGCGUGCGUACCUUACAACACAACUGAAACACAAGAAGAGCACGUUGGCAGUGGUAAACAUCCAGGCUCUUCCAGACAAGGGUGAGAAGUUGUUCAAGCAAAUCCAGGUGUUGGAGGAAGCACUUGGUGCUCUCGCUCUCUCCUCAGAGGAAGGAACUAAGGAGAUAUGUAGCACUCAAGUACCACAACAGCGUAACUUCGCUAAAACUGCUGCUGACCCUCCACACCUUGUGCCUCCCCAGCCCCUUCCCAGCCAUCAAGUCCAGUCUGUGGGCUCUCUAGGACCAAAGGCAAGCCACCAGGGAACUACUGAAGGAUCCAGUCAGUGCUUGGAAGACCAUAAGAACCAAGAUCGCCUUCAUACUGUGUGGAAAAUUACAAGUGAAGCCAUUGAUGAACUACAUCGAUCACUGGAGUCAUGUCCUGGUGAGACAGCAGUGGCAGAAGAUCCAGUUGGCUUGAAGGUCCCUUUGCUGUUGCACCAGAAGCAGGCAUUAGCCUGGUUACUGUGGCGGGAAGGUCAGAAGCCACAAGGGGGGAUUCUGGCGGAUGACAUGGGCUUAGGAAAAACUCUGACAAUGAUUGCACUCAUCCUGACCAAGAAGAAUCAAGAGAAAAGCAAGGAAAAGGACAAAGCCGUGACUGUGACGUGGCUUUCCAAGGAUGACUCCUCUGACUUUACUUCCCUUGGAACACUAAUUGUCUGCCCGGCUUCCCUCAUCCAUCACUGGAAGAAUGAGGUAGAGAAACGUGUGAGCAGCAAACUCAGAGUCUACCUCUACCAUGGGCCAAACCGGAAUCGGCAUGCAAAAGUACUCUCUACAUAUGACAUUGUGAUUACUACCUAUAGUCUUCUGGCCAAGGAGAUUCCCACAACGAAGCAAGAAGGAGAGGUCCCAGGUGCAAAUCUCAAUGUGGAGGGCAUCUCUGCACCAUUGCUUCAAAUUGUCUGGGCCCGAAUCAUACUGGAUGAAGCUCACAAUGUGAAGAACCCUCGAAUACAGACAUCCAUUGCUGUGUGUAAGCUACAAGCCCAAGCCCGGUGGGCUGUCACUGGAACCCCCAUUCAGAACAACUUGUUGGAUAUGUAUUCACUGCUGAAAUUUCUCCGCUGUUCUCCAUUUGACGAGUUUAGUCUUUGGAAAAGUCAGGUUGACAAUGGUUCAAAGAAAGGAGGGGAGCGGCUAAGCAUCUUAACCAAGAGCCUUUUGCUGAGGAGAACAAAAGACCAACUGGAUUCCACUGGCAAACCUUUGGUGGUGCUGCCCCAGCGUAAAUUUCAGCUGCACCAUUUAAAGCUUUCUGAAGAUGAGGAGACUGUUUACAAUGUCUUUUUUGUAAGAUCAAGGUCAGCACUACAGUCCUAUCUAAAAAGACAUGAAAGUAGAGGCAGCCAUCCUGGAAGAAGCCCUGAUAAUCCAUUCAGCAGAGUGGCACAGGAGUUUGGGUCCAGUGUGCCCGAGUGUUCCGCUACAGCAGACUCACAGAGAUCCAGCACCGUGCACAUACUGUCCCAGCUUCUGCGACUCCGCCAGUGUUGCUGUCAUCUCUCUUUACUGAAGUCGGCCUUGGACCCGACAGAGCUGAAGAAUGAAGGCCUUGUCCUGUCCCUGGAAGAACAGCUAAGUGCUUUGACCUUGUCCGAACUCCAUGACUCAGAGCCAUCUCCCACUGUUUCUCUUAAUGGCACAUGCUUCAAGGUGGAGCUUUUUGAAAACACACGAGGGAGCACCAAGAUAUCAUCUCUGUUGGCAGAACUGGAGGCAGUCCGAAGAAGUCCAGGGUCUCAAAAGAGUGUCAUUGUCUCUCAGUGGACCAGCAUGCUGCAAGUGGUCGCAUUGCAUCUCAAGAAGCAUGGACUGACUUAUGCCACCAUCGAUGGCUCAGUCAACCCCAAGCAGAGAAUGGACUUGGUGGAGGCAUUUAAUCACUCCAGGGGGCCUCAGGUUAUGCUAAUCUCUCUCUUGGCUGGAGGUGUUGGACUGAAUCUGACUGGAGGAAACCAUCUUUUUCUUCUGGACAUGCACUGGAAUCCAUCACUUGAAGAUCAAGCUUGUGACCGAAUUUACCGAGUGGGGCAGCAAAAAGAUGUUGUCAUACACAAAUUUGUUUGUAAGGGAACAGUAGAAGAGAAGAUCUUGCAGCUCCAAGAAAAAAAGAAAGAUUUGGCCAAACAGGUUCUUUCAGGAUCUGGAGAAUCUAUCACCAAGCUUACACUGGCUGACCUCAAAAUCCUUUUUGGCAUCUAAUGUCCUCUGUCAGGUACAGAACAGUGCUAUGGCUGGUUUGUACUAGGAUCUGGGAAUGACAUUCCCACCAUAAUCCUUGAGCUCCUUUCUUAGAUUUCACCUUCAAGACUUAACACCCUCCUCAAGCUGAGGCAUAUUCUUUUGCCUGGAGUUGAGGAUAGGUCACCAUGUUAACAAAUUGGUUUAAUCAUGUUUAUUACUCAGUUUAUUUAAUGAAUGGAAUAGAAAUUUGUCAGUUAUUUCAGAUUAAAAAAUGCUUUUAAGCUGGGCAUGGUGGUACAUGGCCUAUAAUCCAAAUACUUCGAAGCAAGAGAAUGGGGACUUCAGCUCAGCCUGGAUUAUAGACAAAAACAGAAAUGCUUUGGAAGCCAAUCAUGGUAGUCCACAAUUGUAAUUAUAGCACUUAGGAGGCUGAUGCAGAAAGAGUGUAAGUUGGAGGCCAAUUUAUGCUACAAAGUAAGUUUCAGGCCAGCCUUGGCUACAGAGUGAGAGUCUGUCUCAAAAAACAAACAAACAAAAACAAAGAAAGCUUUGUAGUUAAACGGUUUGGGAAGGCAGCUGUGGAAGAACCGUAGAAAGCAUCUGUAAAGCUCAAGAAGCCGUAUAGCCAGACAUGAUGGAAAAUGCCUAUGAUCCCAGCCCCCUGAAAGCAAAGGUCAGAGGACCUUAAGUUUGAGGCUAGCCUGGGUUACAUAUUGAGUUCAAAGCCAGUCUGAAUUACAUAGUGAGACCUUGUCUCAAACAAACAAUAAAGCCUGUAUUGCCUUCCUUUCAGCUGAUGGAGGACUGGUGUUACUACCUUGUCUAAUGCAGGUUGGAUCCCAUCUACUUCAUCUUUUCUUGCUGGCCAGGCUCUUCCCUGUAAGCCUCUCUGUGGGCUGAGCAGAUAGUAGAUCCCUGCAACCAUCCAGCUCUGUAUGGCUGCCUUAGUCCAGAAAGUUCUUCCCUGGCUUAAAGCCAAGGAGAUACAUUGCUCAUAAACAGAUGUCGAGUAGUGUAUUGUGGUAUCAUCUGGUAUCUGUCAUUUAGUGUGUGCACCAUUGUUUGUAUCAGCAUCAGUGUGACUGUGUCACUUAGUUUUUUCAUUUAGUAUGUGUAUCAUUUGUUUUCACAGUAUUUCUAUCAUGUAGUAUUUCUAUUAUAUAAUUUAAUGUUUGGGUAAAUUUUAGUUAUCUGUAGCAUUUAGUACUGUUUCAGUAUUGACCAUUGUUCCACUCAGUAUUUGUGUUAUCACUGGCAUCCUCUAAUAAACAUGGGUUU